UGCCCAACAGUAACAGGAAGAACACAUAAAUAUAAAGGCUAAAGCGUAGGAAAUGUGAAUGCUGUCGCACCCACUGCACUGUCCAAACCAAACCUCCUCUCAAGUUUACAGCAGAAGUAAUUAAGAAGCGUGAUGAAGGGCAGAGAAGCCAAAGCAGGUCCCUCUGCUGAUCUGUUGCUGUGUUUCCCUUCUCGACCUCAUUGGACUGUUACGCCUAAAGCCAUUUGCGCCCCCGACGACCGCCGCCGCCAUCUCAGGAAACUGAGCACCGGAGCUGCUGGUCAAGUUCGCCCUCUGCUGUGGGUCAAAGCUAAGUCCGCCGCCUCCGAGACUGCCGAACCGUCUUCCCCCAAAGUUACUUGUUCGGGACAGAUCAAGGUUAGACAAAAUACCUCUGCUUGCAGGAACUGUCAGUCCGUGACGGAUGAGAUAGAGAAAAUUCACGAUGCUGGGAAACAAAAGAAACGAUCCAACUGGGCCGAGUCUCUCCGCUUCAAAAGGGAAAUCAUGCAAUUUCUGACUUGUUUGCGAACAUUGCGAUUUGACAUGCGCUGCUUCGGAUCAUUCCCCACUGCGGAUAACACCGCCGAAGAUGAUGACGAGGAGGAGGAGGAAUGUUACCGGGAAAAUCAUGUGGGUAUCGAAGAGACCAGCGAUGAUGCUGCGAGGGCUGUAUUUUCCAAGUGGUUUAUGAUGCUGCAGGAGAAGCAAAACAAUGUGUUUCAAGGAGAGGCCGCGACGAACGAAGACGAUGUGAGCGAUGAUGUAUCGAUUGCUGAACCCGCUGUCCCUCCUCCAAAUGCAUUGUUGCUCAUGCGCAGCAGGUCUGCUCCGGCAAAAAGCUGGAUCAAAGAGAACGAAGACCAAGAAAAGGAAGACAGGGCACGCGCAGAAGAGGGUAAAGAAAAGGAUCAGCAAACAAGUAUGCAGAGUAUGAGGUUGUUGAUGGAGAAAGAGGAGACGAAGAAUGAGAAUACGAGGGCGAUGAGAUAUGACUCUGACUUUCACUGCAUGUCGUGGGAUAUUGUGAAAGAAUCAUGGAUGGUUGGCCGUUUGAGAGAUCCAUUAUCUAAGAGUCGAAGUUGGACAAGAUAACCAUCCAAAGCUGACGACUUUAUUGAUAAUAUAAACAUAAAUAUGUAUUCGCACACGCACAUUACAUUAGCAAUCAAUCACAUUCGGAUAUAGUAUUUCCAGUUUGUGUCAUUUCUCCCAAAAUUACUUCCUUCGGCGUGAUGAGUGGGGAAUUGGACAAUGACUGAAGAUAUUCUUAGAUUUAGCCUACUUUAAUAACCAUUGAUGACGUGAUAUUAUCUGUACAGUUAUUCUGAUUUUCCUUCGCAUGGUUGUACGAGCUUGCAUUCUCUGUUUUGCGAGCAUCGUCGGUGAAGCAUACUGCAUAUAACGUUUCUUGAAACAGAAUGAUUAUGUUGAUGUCUGCUUUAUUGCUUGACGUGUCGGAUUUUCAAAGUUGUUGAUGCAAACGCCUUGGCUCCAAUCGGGACAAAAAUGUGAGACUAGUCUAUUCCAGUCCAUUUUGCGGGGCUUUAAAUUCUCUCCAGGUGGUGGUCUACCUCCCUGUUCCAACAAUGGAAUCGAAACGACGAUGGUUGGACCUCUUUCUGGGUCAUUCACGCUGUCUCUAGUUGGUUGGGCUGUG